AUGUAUUACAUGCUAAAUCCCAACAUGCUGAAAAGAUGGCACAAAACAAUGUUGGUGGGCGUCACUUUUAAACAAAUAUGCCCACGAGAAUGCCAGUCAACACCUUUAAAUGACCGAAUAACCAACGCCAGGAAAAUUCCUUUCAAUGCACAUCAACAACUUUUACUCGGCAGGCCGAAACAAAACCAAAUAAAACGUGAGACACGGAGGAAGAGGAAGAGGAAGAAAAAAAGAGUGGCCGAAGCGAAGGAUGGCAGGCGAGAAAUAUGGCUGGUGGUACUGCUAAAUUAUUACAGCAAUAUAACACAAUUAACAUGCAAUGUGCCGUCUUAUGCAUUCUUAACUGGUGGAUAA